AUGAUCAAGAUGUUGAAACCUGCUACUCUAGCUGAAGCAUUUGAACUGUCUCAGUGGCAAGAGUAUGCAGUAAAACUGCAGAAUAAGAGUUCUAAGGAGAAUGUCAAACCACUAGGAGAAAACAGGCUUGGAUUGUCAAGAAACACCAGUACAGCAUUUGGGAUUAACUCGUAUAGGAUUCCAAACCACAGCAGCCCCAAUCAUCCUAAAUUAGCCAAUCGGCAAGAAGGCACUAAGGAUCCUAGGAGACUCUCUGCACAGGAAAUGCAGUAUAGGAGGAACAAUGGACUGUGUUUCAAAUGUGGAGAGAAGUAUGGAGUUGGCCAUCAGUGCAGGGUUGGCCAUACACACUGUAUGGUGUUAGAAGAAGAAGAGGAAACUGCAUUUGAGGAUGCCUUGGGAGAGCAGGAUGAACAUACUGGGAAUCCUGGUCAAUCCAUGGAAAUGUCUUUGCAUGCAUUAUCUGAAGCCUUAAAGAGGAAGACAAUCACACUCACAGGAAUCUUAGAUGGAGAAGAGGUGCUCAUCUUAGUAGAUACUGGAAGCUCUGACAGCUAUAUCAGCAGUGAACUGGUUAUUGGAAUGGAUGUCAAGUACAAGUGGGUGGAUCAGCCUUUCUCAGUUAUCAUGGGAAAUGGAACUACUGUCACCAGCAAUGCUAUUUGUCCUGGGGUACAGUGGAGCAUUAACCAGCACAAAUUCAAAUUCGACCUCAAGGCAAUGGAACUAGGAGGGUGGGAUAUAAUACUAGGCGUGGACUGGAUGACACACUUCAGUCCCAUCACCUUUGAUUUCCAGCAGCUCAGGAUAUCACUGCAUCAUGCAGGAGGGGAGAUUCACCUACAUGGGCAAGCAGACAAUUGUGACAUGGACCUGAUCAGGGGCAAAGAUUUGAGGACAUUCAUUGAAUACAAAAAGCAGAUGUGCAUGGCCAUGUCUUCCCAACAGCAGGAGGGAAGCAGACUGGAGUCCACCCCACAGAAAGUACAGGAACUACUGCAGGAGUAUGAAGACAUAUUCCAGACCCCCAGUUCAUUACCCCCUAGCAGAAGUGUGGACCAUGAGAUACCCCUUAAACCAGACGCUCAACCAUUCAAACUCAAACCUUACAGAUAUCCUCACUACCACAAGGAGGAAAUAGAGAGGCAGGUGACUGAAAUGCUGCAGACAGGUAUUGUAAAACACAGUAACAGUCCUUUUGCCUCCCCUGUGUUACUGGUCAAAAAGAAAGAAGGAACUUGGAGGUUCUGUGUGGACUAUAGGAAGCUGAAUGACCUCACUAUCAAAGACAGAUUUCCAAUACCCAAUGUGGAUGAAUUACUGGACGAACUGGCAGGAGCUGUGUUCAAAACUAAGCUGGAUUUGACUGCAGGUUAUCAUCAGAUCAAAGUCAAAGCUCAAGACACCUACAAGACAGCUUUCCAGACGCAUUGUGGACAUUUUGAGUUCUUGGUUAUGCCAUUUGGCCUCACAAAUGCCCCUGCAACAUUCCAAGCAUUGAUGAACCAGGUAUUCCAGCCUUAUCUGAGAAAGUUUGUCCUAGUUUUUUUUGAUGACAUACUGAUAUAUAGCCCCACACUAGAGGAUCACCUCCAUCACCUGAGAAUUGUUCUAGAUCUAUUGAAAAAUAACCAACUGUAUGUGAAGAAAUCUAAAUGUGAAUUUGCUCAGAAAAGAAUAGAUAUCUAG